ACCACUUGUGUACCCCGUCGGACAUGCUUUUCUUUUACUAUCGACAUUCCAACUAGUAAGACACAUGACGCCGUGCCAAACGUUCCGUGUGAAAGUUUCGCAGGCAUAAAUAUAUUUACAUACGGUACAUACACGUGGCUGUCGUAUUGUGUUGAAACGUACUAUCUCAUCUGUAGAAAACGACAAUAUACCUAGUGUUAUGCUAAAAGAAAAAGUGCAAUCCAUAAGUUUCUAUCUGUACGUUGCCGAGAUAGCCGCAGCAAUCUAGUAAAACCGGAUUUUAUACAUGCUACCCAUACAGGUAACUGAACAAAAAACCGGGUUUCUCGGAUGAUUUAAAUUUUGAUCGAAGAUUUAGCGAGGAACAUGGAAAUUCUGGGCGUGAAAUUUGCACCGUUAAACGUACCUCUGGAAAGAAGAUUACAAACGUUAGUUGCUGCAAUAUGGGUUUUUGCCACCGCUUUCAUGGAUCUUUGGGGAUACGUAAUUACGGUUUAUCUUAUACUCUAUACAGAAACGAUACGCUAUUUUUUAUUACUAUAUUUCCUCUGGAUGUAUUACGAUUGGGACACUUGUAAUAAUGGUGGUAGAAGUGAAAUAUUGACAAGAAUGGCAAGAAACAACGUGUUUUGGCGUUAUUUUUGCAAUUAUUUUCCGUUAAAGUUAGUAAAAACGGUAGAUCUAGAUCCCAAAAAAUCUUAUCUUUUCGUUUCUGUACCUCAUGGUAUUUUAUCGAUCGGAAUAUUUGGUUCAUUUGGAUCGGACGUAUUGGACUGCAAGAAACUAUUUCCCGGACUUGAAAUCCGUCCAAUCACUCUCGAUCAACACUUCAAAGUACCUAUAUUCAGAGAAUAUCCUUAUUCUUUAGGUUGUUGCGCUUCUAGCGUGAGAAGUAUUAAGUACUUAUUAUCGACACCACCAAAAAAUCCAUAUACCGGGAGAGCUACAGUUCUUAUUGUCGGUGGUGCUUCUGAAUCGCUAGAAUCAAUGCCGGGCACUUACCGUGUCAUCAUAAAAAGAAGAAAAGGAUUUGUGAAACUAGCACUAAAAUACGGUACGGCGUUGGUUCCUGUCUUCUCUUUUGGUGAAACGGAUUUAUACAAUCAAAUAUAUAGCCCAGAAGGAUCGACUCUCAGACGCAUACAGAACUAUAUUCGCAAUCUUAUUGGACUAGCACCCGUCGUUUUUUCGGGCAGAGGAUUCUUUCAGUAUUCAUUUGGUCUUAUUCCGAAGCGAUUACCUGUCACCGUAGUCGUUGGCAGUCCUAUUGAACUACCGAAAAUAGAUGAACCCACGACUGAGCAAAUCAAUGAAUAUCAUGAAAAAUUUAUGAAAAGUUUAGUUGAACUCUUCGAAACGCAAAAGUAUAAUUACAUAAAAAAUGCAGAGAAUGUUACUCUUGAACUAUAACACUUAUUCGAAUGCAUAUACGAUAUAAUGUAAAAUGAAAAUUUGUGCUGUUUUCAAACUUCAAUUAUAAAAAUUGUUAA